AUGUCUAUCGUGACACACCUCCACGGAAUCCGGAUAGCACUUACUGUCAGCACAUUUGCAGCACUAGACUCGCUCAACGUCUCGCGUUUACACCUAGACAACGUUACUUCCAGUAGCGUCAGCAUGCAGUCUGGCCGCACCGCGAGAUCUCAUUCCACGUGUCGAAAUGCCGUAGCUCGGAGACGCAUCCACCUAAGGGCAUACGCUCCCAGAAAAAGAGCUCAUUUACGAGGCAAGAAUGCAACGCGCUUGUCUUUAGCACAACUGCUUUUGCCGCUGCUGCUGUCUCUAGUCCUACCGUACGCGAAGGGAGCAGCGGCGCAGGGCAGGCCAGAUGCCGUCACGAAGCUACCCGGUCAGCCGGCAAGCGCGCCCAAGUUCAACCAGUCAGCCGGCUACAUAACGGUGGACGGGCGGAAGGCGUAUUUCUACUGGCUCGUGGAGGCCAUCAGCCAGCCCGACUCCAAGCCGCUGCUGCUCUGGCUCAACGGCGGUCCGGGGUGUUCGUCGGUGGGGUGCGGGCUGUUCGAGGAGGUGGGGCCGUGGCGCGUGGCGUCCAAGGCGGGCGCCGCGCUGCUCUACAACAGAUACGCCUGGAACCGACUGGUGAACAUAGUGUUCCUCGAGUCGCCCGUGGGCGUGGGGUAUUCCUACUCCACCGACUCGGCAGACUACACCACCGACGACGACCAGACAGCAAAGGACAAUCACGCGUUCCUGGUGGGGUUUGUGGCGCGGCACCCGCGGUACGCGGGGAGAGAGUUCUACCUCGCGGGGGAGAGCUACGCGGGCCACUACAUUCCACAGCUCGCCGCCCGCAUCAUCGAGCAGAAUCAGAUCCAGAACGGCACGCGGCUCAACUUGGACUUCUCAGGAAUCUUCCUAGGCAACCCGUUUGUGAACUAUGCCUAUGACACCAAGGGCCCCAUCCAGUUCUUCUACGACCACGGCAUGCUCAGCACCGACCUCUACACCGACGCCAUCAACUGCGACUUCGCAUACGGUGCGGCCACCCUGGACUGUCGCUACCACAUCAACUCCGCCUUCUCGCCCUGGUACGAGCCCAUCGACCCCUACAACAUCUACGCGCCCUACUGUCUGGCGGACAUCUCAUCAGCGCGCCUGUCCGCCUCAGCGCGAAUGAAUCCGCGCCUGCGCUACUCCAUGGCCGCCUUGCAGGCCGCCAUCCAGCAGCAGCAGCAGCGGGCGCUGGAGCAGCAGCAGCAGCAGCAGCAGCAGCAGCAGGCAGCGCAAGCACAGGCGGCCGCAGGGGGCGGGGAGGUCCCCACGCCGAGCGGUGCAGGGAGCAGCAGCAGUGCGGGGAUGAGUGGCAAGGCGCUGGACCCGCUAGACAACCCGGCGUGCAUGGACGCGUGGGUGCAGCGCUACCUGCGCUCGCCCGCCGUCUACAAGACCCUCCGUGCGCCCGCUGCCCGCGCCUCCCAGUGGAGCCUCUGCUCCAACAGCAUAGACUACAGCUCGACCAACCAGGGCAGUGACAUCAUACCCACCAUCGCGGCGCUGCUGGAUCAGCCCAUCCGGGUCUGGAUCUUCUCGGGCGACGCUGACAGUGUAGUACCGUUCACGGGCACGCGACUGUGGAUAGAGGCGCUGGGGCUGGCAGUGCUGCAGCCGCAGUACCCCUGGCUCAUGCCCUCGGGCCAGGUGGGGGGGUGGGCGACGCAGUACGACAAGCUAACAUGGGUGACGGUGAGGGGGGCGGGCCACCAGGUGCCGACAGGCAGGCCCGAGGAGGCGUUUGUGCUCUUCCAGUCCUUCCUCCUCGCCCAGCCCCCGCCCAGCACCGCCCAAUGGUGA